ACUGACACCAUAAAUUGUUCUUGGUCGUUGUACAGUUGUAUUUGGUGUUGGAUUACGCGGAGAAUCAGGACCAAAAGCGCCAAUCGUUGAAGAAAAGAGGGAAAUGAUGAAAAAGUGACGAUUAAAUUAUUAUCACAAUGGGAACGACAUCGGAAGGUCGGCGUCAAGGCUUAUGCCUUAUAUUGUUGUUAGUUUUUAUUGUUAAAAUUGUUAAAAGUCAAAAUGAUUAUGGGUGUCCAUCUCAAGAAAAAAUUCUACCAUGUAGAUGUUCUAUGAGGGAAAUGGAAUAUCAAAUAUGGUGUAGUCACAGCGAAUUACCAAAAGUACUAGAAGGUUUAAAAGCCGUAAGUCACUAUAUAAGUCAUCCAGUCGACGAAUUAAUACUCGAAAACAACAACUUGCCAAGUUUACCCGGCAAAGUAUUUACAAACUUACGAGUAUUGCGUUUAAUGCUAAGAAAUAAUCAUCUAGAACGCGUGUCUUCAGGAUGGCUAGAUGGUCUUCAUGAUUCUCUAUUAGAAUUAUUCAUUGUCGAGCCGGAUUUGCGGUCACUACCCAUCGACAGCUUAGACAAUCUCCUAGGUCUUGAAGCCAUCACAAUACAAAGUAAAUCAAUGAAACGUUUACCAAGAUUUUCAAGUUUAACAAAACUUCGUUACCUACAAGUCAAUUCCCCAACUCUAUUGGAAUUAUUACCAGUUAAUUUUCGCGAUUUACCAAAUUUAGAACAACUACACAUCUUUGGUAGUCCAAAAUUGAUGCGUUUAGAAGCUGGACUGUUUAAAAAUUUACCAAAACUAGCGUUAAUAAAUAUAACAAGCUGUGGAAUUAUUUGGAUCCAUCCUCGUGCGUUUGUUGAUCUUCCGGAAUUACGGGAAAUAUCAUUUGAAGACAACAAGAUUCCUGAUGCCGCAAUAGUCGGCCGUGCAAUGAUGGAACUACCAGUAUUAUCAGUUAUUCGUUUGAACAGCAAUAAAAUAACACGACUACAAGAGGAAGCAUUUAUAAAUUUACCAUCAUUAAGUAGACUAUAUCUCACAGGAAAUUUUAUAACAGAAAUAUUUUCCGGUGCUUUUCAAAUGCUACCAGUUCUACGUGUGUUAGAUUUAAAUUACAAUCUUAUCAACAGAAUACACCCAGACUUUUUUAUACAACGUACUGGUAGUACUCUAGAGGAAUUAUGGAUCAUGGGUAAUCGCUUGAAUCACGUAAACGAAUUACGUGCAAUCCUAGAAGCUUUGCCACGACUGAAAUUUCUUGAUGCUUCCUACAAUCAAUUUGAUGAAAUUCCUUUUGGUGCACUAAGAGGACAUCCAACAUUAGAACGUCUUCAUCUUGAUCAUAAUCGACUUACUUUUUUACAAAGGGAGACUUUUUCAGCGAUGCCAGCACUCAGAGAAUUGAGACUUAAAAAUAAUUCGCUUACUAAUCUUUUAGAAGCUCCAUUCUGGAAUUUACCUGGAUUAAAGGGGCUUGAUUUAUCAGAGAAUUAUUUCAGACAUGUUGAGCCAAUACUAUUAGAAAAUUUACCAAAUUUACGUAGACUUGAUUUAAGUGGCAAUGGUAUUGGAAUGUUGGAACCAGAGUCAUUUUUAAAUGUACCAGCACUAGAGCAUCUUAAUUUAUCUCAUAAUGCUAUUUCAAUAAUUCAUCCGAUGACAAUGAGACACUUAACAAGCUUAUAUGAACUCGACAUCGGUUGGAAUAGACUCAUAGAAUUGGUACCAGGUCUGCCAAAAAAUAUUGAACAUUUACACUUGCCGAUGAAUCGUAUUGUCAUGUUACCGUCGAUAGAAACUCAAGACCUAGCAUUACCAGCACUGAGAUCUCUUGAUUUAAAUGCCAAUGGCAUUGAAAGAAUAAUACCUGGUACUUUAAGUGAGUUACCAAGUUUGAGAAAAUUGAAUUUAGGAUACAAUGCAAUAAGAUUAAUUGAAGAUGGAACAUUUGAUGGGCUUUCGAGGCUCGAACAGCUGGAUCUGAAGUAUAAUCACAUCAUGUCUCUUCAUGGUAGAAGUUUCAAACCUCUUAGAAUGCUAAUGGAUUUAAGUCUCAGGGGAAAUAGAUUGGAAGUUAUACGACCAGAUAUAUUUGCUGACAAUGUUCAACUUCAGCGGCUUGAUUUGGCGAUAAAUAAUUUAGCGCAAAUUCCUCACGCGACAUUUUCUAAUACUAGAGAUUUAAAAGAACUUCAUGUGUCGUAUAAUACAUUAACAGAAUUACCCGGGUCACUGCACGGACUCACCUCACUCGAAGUUCUUGAUUUAAGUUUUAAUAAAUUAAAUACAUUGUCUUCAGACACAUUGAGCAGCCUAACAUCACUUCUUGAAUUAAAACUAGUGAGAAAUAAAAUAAAAGAAUUACGUGAAGGUGCAUUCAAUCGAUUACUACGAUUAAGUUUUAUUGAUCUUGAGAAUAAUGAUUUGAGAGUUAUCGAGAGAAAUGCAAUUAAAAAUUUACCUGAGCUUCAGGCAAUUCGUCUUGGGAAAAAUCGUAUUCAGAUGAUUCCAACUGGUGCAUUUACUGACCUGCCACUUCUACAGAGUGCAGAAAUGCAAGACAACCGAAUUCAAGAAAUCGCAAUCAAUGCAUUCAUCAAUGUACCAAAUCUUUUGCUUCUUAAUUUAAGUUACAAUCUUUUACCAAGCUUAGAACAUGCAGGGAUUUCUAACUUACGGUCACUUGAAGUACUUGAUCUCAGUCAUAAUCGUUUGACUCGUGUUUCAAGUGAAAAUCUUGCUACCUUAGAUUGGUUAGUCGAACUGAAGAUAGAUCACAAUCGUAUUUGUGGUAUCCAAGGAUCACCGUUUGACAACAUGCCGAGAUUAAGAGUAUUGAGUAUGAGAAGUAACCGGAUGUCAUCGAUAUCGGAGAGUGUAUUUAAAAGAUUGCGAUCCAAUAUAGCAGUCUUGGAUAUUGAUGGGAAUCCACUGUCUUGUUCUUGUGGUAUGAUUUGGCUAAGAGGAUGGCUCCAACAAUCAUCAUCAGAAGGUCCACGUUGUGCUGAUGGCUCACUCUUUAGAGACAUAAGACUCUCAAGACAAGAUUGUCUGAAGAAAAAAUAUACGGAACCUAUUCAUCCUGGAUGUGAAACUGAAUUUAUUGAUCAAUCUUUAUUACCUGCUUAUUACGGAGAAGGUAAACCUCCACCAGCUUGGAUGAAUACAAAUAAUCCAUCAAAAUUAACCCAGAAUCCUGAUUACUACUAUGAUGAUUACCCUGACAAUGAACACAAUAUUACUAAAAAUCCGACAAAUAAACUAAGUAAUGACAAAACUUAUUCAACAAUAAUGUCACAUAUUAAAACGGGCCCAAUUAAAUUUGUCCAAACGACAACAGCAAUGUCACCAAAACCUCCAAACGAUAAUUUGACGAAGAAAAAAAAUCCAUUACCACCAUCACCAAGUAGUUCCGGUUUUACAUUUUUUGGUGUACCACUGCCGAAUUUAAAUUUAAACCUCUGGGGCUCGGGAAAAAAGUCUCAAAGAAAAGACGACCCAAGACCUGGACGAAGUAGAUAUCGAACUUAUCCACCAAGUGAACCGGAAUUUCAUAAAGGAUUUACUCCAUUCCCAGAAACUCAAGGAGGUUUCAAACCGAUUGUCGAUCCACAAAUUAUUUUUGAACGAAAAAAAAAUAAUACAAUAGGUAACGCUGCUACGAUUACUCGUGUCUAUCAAGUACCCAGUAAAAAAAAUGAUGAUAAUAAUAAUAAUAAUAGUAGUAGUAAUAAUAACACUAGUAAUAAAAAACAGAAAAAUGAUGACGUUUAUAAAAUAAAAAAUGAUCCGUCUGCAUUACCAAGUGCUACAGAUCCACGUCGAGUGUUAUCAAGUUCUCUAAAAUAUGAUAGUACUACAACAGAAACUUCUCCAUCGCCUACAACUCUUGCAGCAGUAAUAAAUACAUCUACUACAGCAUACAGCAAUAUAGAACUCAAUGAUGAUUCUGAUGAGAAUGUUUUUCUCGGUGGUAAAAUAGCCAGUCGAAUAGUUUGGACAACUCCAGCAACAACUACUCGCGCGAUAGAAGACAAUUCCACAGCAUUCACAUCUACAGAAAAAAAUUAUCAAACAGAGCAAGAUGUUUUUUGGAAUUCCGAAGACCCAGCAUCGAUUCCAAAACCAACGAGAACGACUCCGAUGUCUACUGAAGUGACAAGUGAUUUUACAUCACCAACAUCUCAAGAUUCAUCAACCGAUAUGAUGGAAACGACUUUAAAAACGCACAUAUCAUCUCAGACUUCGCGUGCACUUGAGCCUUCAGCUUUAUCAGCAUUUUUGAUUCCCGGUGGACAAAUUCCUGCAUCAAAUCCAGUGUUUUCUAUAAAACCAUCUGGGCGAUCUACUAUCGUUAAAGUAAUGGCUCCGAUGGGAUCCGAAAGCAGUCGCAGUGGAAAAACGAAGCUAAUUAACGACACAAGUGAAACCGAUAAAUUAACAAACUUAGAAACUGUUAAAAAACCGUCAAGAAAUAACUUAAAAAUACGUAAUGAUGAUGACGAUCCUUUUAAUUGGUACUACCAGAAUUACAAUGAAACCAAUUUAGAACCUUAUGUGGGCGAAGCUUACAACUGCAGCACGAUAGUAUAUUUAUCAUAUUUUUUAAUUGUUUUACAAUUAUAUAUAUCCUUGGUAUGCUAUUAA